UCACCGGGUAUCACUUAAUUAACACUAUUGACACCAAAAUUUUAAACAGACUUUAACCAUUUUAACUCGGUUUUGAAGGUUAUGUCAAAAAUAUUGACAGCUGAUGGACCUUCCGAAAAAGUCCAACAGAUAGCAGAACUAAUUUUGAGGUUAUGUUCGUCUUUGUUUUCACUCGAUUUGUUUACAUCCUUGUUUACUUUUAGCGUUUAUAUUUAAUUUUCAUUUAAUUUUUCAUUCCUGGUGACAAUUGGGUGAAAAUUAUGAUAUCCAUUUUUAACUAAUACUCUCAGAGUCUCCGGUUUGCAACUUUUUUAUUCUGAAUUAUGGCCGACGGCGGGAAAUUCGUUGUGCGCCCGAAAGUUAGGUUCUGUCAAAGGGAGGACGAUGACGAGGAUCAGGAACACGCCAUAAACGAGAGAAUUUUAUCAAUCGCGAGAAAGCCGACAAUUAAAAAUAUUGUUUCGAUUGAUAAGCCUUAUAAAAUCGUCUCUCUAGACGAGAGCUUAACCCCCGAAAAUUCCCCGGUAAGGAGAACUUCGGAAAAAAGUUUUGAGGGAUCGGAAAAUAGUUUUGGAUAUACAAAAAGGGUUUUAAACGAUUUCAAUGAAGAGGAUUUAUUCGCGAGUACACUCAGAAAAUUCGCAGCGAUUUCCUCCACGGACAAAAGAUCACCGGUCGAUAUUCCGAGAGAGAACCACCGCUUUAAUAACCAAACUCCCUCUUUUGAUUCUUCCUCUUCGUCAAAAGAAGACACAGUUCAAAAUCCGAAAAUCGUCGAAGUCGAAGUUUACGCCGAAGAUGUUCCCCUCGAAAUCCAAAAUGGGUCCAAAACCUCUCCUAAAGAAGCAUCCUUUUUCACAGAACCAGAAAAUGGUAUUCCAAAUCAAGUGAAAUUCUCUGAAGAGGCUUUUCUGAAACCUCCCGAGAAGAAAAAUCUGUCAGCAAUCCAGGAAGAAUCUCUCGAGCUCGAUAUUCCCCAAAAGGAAGAUUCCCCAGAGCCGGAGCCUUUAAAAACUCCCGAGGAUUUGAAAUUAAAAUCGAAGAAAGCCGAACCAUCUUCCCCGAGGAAGACUUUCAAGUGCACGAGUCCUUUGAGAAGGCAAUUAAAUUCCGUAAAUCGUUUGUCGAAAGCGAACAAGUCACCCAAGAAAUCGGUUUCGCAAGAAAAUGCAAAAAGAGUGCCUUCCGCAAAUUCGAAAAUGAGAACGAGGCCUUUGGGAUUCAUUCAGAGAGGCGGAGCGAAGCCUAAAGUUUGUGGAGUGAUGCCGUGUAUGAAAUCGAAAAUGGCAGCGAAAGGAAAAACCUCUCCGGUGAAGAAAAGCGUCUUGAGAAAUGUCCUCGCUCGGCCAAAUAUUGGAACAGUUGAACCUGGAGUUGCGCGACCAAAGCGGGAAUUGAAGAUUGAUUUUGAGGAAGAUCCUGCAAUUUCUCGGGUUCUUCCUGUCGAGAAAUUGUCGAGGCCCGAGUACAAUUCGAUUAUGUGCACAAUUAAUAAAUUAAAGGAAGUUCAGAAGGAAAAUAUAAUUACUGACGUGGAACACUUGCCCCCGGUUUACAAAAGUUUAGUUAAUGGAAAGGUGUCGAGUUCACUGGAUUUUGCUCCUGACGAAGCGAUUUUCAAAAAUCUGAUCAACUUAUCUUUUGAAGAAUCCCUACUCCCGCCGAGAUUUACUCGAAGCAAAGAUCCUGAACCUCGUCAGCGAGACGCGGUUCCCCAACUUUCGGACUUUUUCAUCCCAAAAUACGCGAAUGAAUAUUGCACCGCAGUUUGUGUAAAACCUCGAAAUCCUGAGUCUGUGGAAAAUUGGAAUGCUUUUAGAAUCAGCGAGAAAAUUCUACGUUGGAAAUGGAACAUGGAUUUCGCUCAUUGAGGAGUACCAUUUUUAAAAAUUUAAUAUUAGCCAUGACUCAAGUAAAAAGAUAUUUUUAUACUGCAACUGAAUUUUUAUAGGAAAAUUUACUACAUACUGCUGAGAUGACGAAUACUCUUUUCUAUAUUUGUACAAUUUUAGUCUAAUUUUUAUAAUUAAUAAACU